AUGGAAGCCCGUUGGGGUUCCAACUUUCGGUCAACAGUACCGGGAGACAAUAUAGCAAUAGCACAUGCAACAUGUGAAUUAGGAUGGUCGCAAAUGAUACACGCAGAAAUAAUUUCUGUUACAAGUGCUAUGAGGAAAAAUUCUCGUUGGUCUGGUAUGAGUGUUAGUGGUUUGAACAUGGGUGGUUUAGGCAUGAGUAUGGGCUUGAGAGGCAGAAGCUCUGUGGCAGAAAUUGGUUAUCGAAACCAGGAAAGCCCAUUGUUGUCCGGGUUUGCAACUCUUAGAUCGCAGUUGUCAAGUAUUUCAAAGGAGACUGGAAUUGAUGCCUUGAUACUAUUGGAGCCAUUUUUGGAGGUUAUUCGAUCAGGAGAUACGAAUGGUCCAAUAACAGCAUCCGCUCUUGGCAGCGUGGAAAAAUUUUUGACGUAUGGGAUACUUAAUAUUAAUUCACCAAAUUUGCCAAUCGCAAUGUCAAUGCUUUCGUCAGCAGCAACACAUUGUAAAUUUGAAGCUAGUGAUUCUGUUUCUGAUGAAUUUGUGCUUUUAAAAAUCUUGCAAGUUUUACGAUUAGCUUUGACUUGUGAAGUGGGACGCGUUCUUAGUGAUGAGGCACUUUGUGAAAUGAUGGAAACUGGAUUAAGCAUGUGUUGUCAAAUGCGGCUUAGUGAGAUGUUACGUCGAUCUGCAGAACAUACAAUGAUAGUAAUGGUGCAAACCAUGUUUGAAAGGCUUAAAUCAUUGGAGGAAGAACCUGCAACAUGGCUACCUCAGGAUGAAGGAGAAGGUGACAAUGGGUCCUUUCAAGAAUCUCAAGUGCGAAUGGCGCCACCUGAUCCGAAACUACCACGCCUACCUCUUUCAUCAGAAUAUGAUAAUUUGGCACAGAAUAAUAAUACUACUACACUUGCUUCUCAAAAAAAUGAAAUUGUAAAAGAAUUAUCUCUGGAUGAUGCAAAUGAUGACUUAAUUAAAUUGGAUGAAAACGGGGAGGAAGUUCAUAAUGAGGUUAUUCCAGAUCAGGGACAAGACACUGAAACCACUAAACUGAAUGAUGAAGUCCAAGAUAACGAUGAAAAGGAUUCAGAACCAAAACCCUCCGGACUGCCCUCAAUACGGGAGUUGCUUCGUGUUCUUAUAUCUUUAUUAAAUCCUCAUGAUCAUCAGCAUACCGAUACUAUGCGAUUAAUGGCUCUCAGCAUUUUAAACGUUGCGUUUGAAGUUGGUGGUCGCACGAUAGGACGGUUCGAACCUUUGCGCGCCCUUGCGGUUGAUGAGUUGUGCAAGUACCUAUUUCAACUUGCAAGAACGGACAAUAUGUUACUUUUAUCACUCACUCUACGCGUGAUAUCGACUGUUUUUGGAACUCUUCGUCCAUAUCUUAAAUUACAAAAAGAACUUUAUUUGUCGUUUCUCAUUGAGCGUCUUACACCACCUGCAAGUAGUGUGAGAUCUCUAGCACUUGAUGCUGAGUUUUCAAACACAAGCACGAAUGAUUCUCCACUGCAAUCUGGGACUUCUACUCCUAGUACUAAUCGCGAACGCAAUUUACGUGCUAGUAGUGAAACAGCAACUGCGACAGGCGAAGUGCGCGAGCUUUUGCUGGAAUCACUCGGACAAUUUGCCCGGGAGCCUUCAUUUAUGGCAGAUCUAUGGGUUAACUACGAUUGUGAUAUAGAUUGCGGAGAUUUAUUUGAAGAAGUUGUCAAAUUUUUGAGCAAGAACUCGUUUCCGGAAUCUACAGGAUAUUCCGUUAGUAAUUCACAUGUUAUUUGUUUGGAUGCUUUGUUGAUGUACAUAAACUAUAUGGUAGAUAGAUUGCAAACAGAGAAAGGCAGAGAUCGCCGUUCGACUUGUGGAUUGGCUUGGGAUAAAAUGUCAGCAACUGAAUAUAAUGCUGGAUUAAGGCCAAUUUCAUAUCCAUCUGCAUCAGACCUUUUGCUACUAAAACAGCAAAAGCAAAUAUUAAGAGAAGGGGCAGCAAGAUUUAACGAAAAUCCAAAAACUGGGAUUGAGUUUCUUCAAGCAAAUGGGAUAAUAUAUAAUGAUCCCGCUAUUGACAAAAACACUAGUCUCGCGCUUUUUUUAAAAUCAACUCCUCGUUUAAAUAAAAAACUUUUGGGUGAUUUUCUGUCGAAACCAUCAAACAUUGAUGUACUUAAGGCAUUUGUAAAACUUUUUGAUUUUGAAGGAAAACGAAUAGAUGAAGCUAUGAGAGAGAUGUUGGAGUCUUUUCGAUUACCUGGUGAAGCGCAACAGAUUGAACGAAUAAUGGAGACGUUUGCCGAAACAUAUUUUGCCUCUGGGCCACAGGAAAUUGCGACACAAGACGCCACAUUUGUUUUAUCUUACUCAGUUAUAAUGUUAAAUACAGAUUUACAUAAUCCUCAAGUUAGGCGACGUAUGUCGAUCGAAGAUUAUAUGAAAAAUCUCAGAAACGUUAAUAAUGGCCAAAAUUUCUCACCUGAAUAUCUACAUGCUAUUUAUGAUGCCAUCCGAAAAAGAGAAAUCAUCAUGCCCGAAGAGCAUGAGGGGCAACUUGGAUUUAACUAUGCAUGGAAAGAACUUCUGCGCAGAGCAGAAAAUACUGGACCAUUGAUAAUAUGUGAUACCUCCUUAUAUGACAAGGACAUGUUUACAGCAGUGUGGAAACCUACAGUCGCAGCAAUUUCGUAUGCAUUUAGCACUGCACCGAACGAUGCUACUCUGCAAAAAGCCAUUACUGGAUUUCAUCAGUGUGCAUUAUUAUCUGCACAAUAUAAGUUAUAUGACGUUUUCGACUAUAUAAUUAUGUCUCUAUCUAAAAUGACUGGACUGCUAGGAGCUCAUUAUUCUAAUGAGACUGCUAACAAUCCAUUAGUAAAAACUGGAAAUACAGAAAUUACAGUUAGUGAUCUUUCCAUACAAUUUGGAAGAAAUUACAAAGGGCAAUUGGCUGCUGUAGUUUUAUUUGCAGUUGCUAAUGAGCAUGGUAAUAUACUCAGAGAAGGUUGGAAAUAUAUCUUAGAAAUUAUUAAAAACCUUUUUGUCAAUUCUUUGCUACCUGCUUCUAUGUCACAAGUGGAAGAUUUUCUAGCCGGAACUACUACUAUUCCAUUAAAACCAAAAACUGCACCCCAUUCCAAACAAGAAAGACCUCGUGACAAUUCGCUCUUAUCUGCAUUAUCGUCUUAUCUAUUAUCGCCCUAUUCAGGGAAUUAUGAAUCUUCACGUAGUGACCCUACGGAUGAAGAAAUAGAAUGUAGUAUGUGUACAGUAGACUGUGUUUCUGUAUGCCGUUUAGAAGAGCUUUUCGCUGAUAUAAGGUUAUUGGAGCAACCUUCACUUGAAUACCUCAUGAAAGCUCUCAAAUUUAUUGCAGACGGUAAUACUGCUACUAAAAUUGGUGACACGAAGAUUGGAUAUCCUUCCUCAUCUCCAGCACCCAGUCCAACUACAUCGCAACCUCCUUUACGUGGUAGCUCAUAUGAUCCAGCUGCAGUGUUUUUCCUAGAACUAAUGAUCAAUGUCACUUUACAAAAUCGGGAUCGGAUCCAGCAUUUAUGGCCCAUACUUUUUGAACAUAUAACUGAUAUUCUUAGAGAAUCUCAGAACAACAGUAUUUUACUGGUAGAACGGACUGUAGUGGCAUUAUUGAGAUUGUGUAUUCGGUUAACGCAUAAGGAUGAGAUGGUUUCUGAUAUACUUCAAACUUUAGAGCUUUUAGGAGCUUUACCACUUGAUGUAGUUAAUUCUGUUGGCGAACAAAUGAUGGCUGGUAUUUUAAAUCUUAUAAAAUCAGAUGCCGCCUAUAUCAGGGGAAAGCGACCUUGGAAAACAGUUUUUACGCUUCUUCACGCAACUUCAACACAUCCACAAGCAUCUAAAUAUUCUUUUGACGCAAUUUCUUCAUUAGUUCGGGAAAACAAAAAUAUCAAUAGUGAUAAUUUUAAUGAAUGCGUCGAACUGUUGGCCGAAUUUGCAUCUGCUGCAUCAUCUGCAUUAGAACAGGAUUCACAUCAUGAGUCUUAUCUGCGAACACCAAGAACUCGCAUAUCUAAAACGGCGCGAAAAGCUGUCGAGUUGUUAUACAUUUUGUAUAAUCAGAUACCGAAAUUGCUGGUGGAAUCAGAAACACCCCCACGAGAAGCUUGGUCAACUUAUUGGCUUCCAAUUCUUACCGGUCUUAGUCAGCAGUGUUAUAAUCCAUGCCGUGAAGUUAGGCAAUGCGCCAUCUCGUAUCUUCAACGAUCGUUACUUGAUCCAGAGCUUGUAUCACAUGGUGUUACAGAAUGGGUUGUCAUCUUCGAUGUAGUACUGUUCCCAUUACUUGACCAAUUACUCAAACCGGAGAUUUUUCAAGCUGACCCUACUAAUAUGGAAGAAACUAGAAUACGUGCUUCUGCAUUAAUAUGUAAAAUAUUUUUGCAUUAUUUAAAUAGACUGUCGGAAUGGGGUGGAUUAACUUCGUUGUGGUCGCAGAUUUUAGACGUAAUGGAACGUUACAUGACAACUGGGCAUAAUGAAUCCUUGUUUGUAGUGGUUAGGACUGAGACGCAAAAGUGCAUUUAUAGAGGGUAUGCACUUAUAAAGUGUGCACUUAGGGAGCGUGAAGCGGUUCCUGAAUCACUUAAAAAUAUGUUACUGGUGAUGUCAACAUCAGGUGUUUUUAAUCCACCAGGAACAACUCAAAGCGGUGGUGGCAAAUUACAAAUUGAAUUAUGGGAUAUUACUUGGAUUAAAAUAAACAAAUUUUUGCCAAAACUCAAAGAUGAGCUUUUUCCAGAAGUCCCACCUGACACAGAGUCAUCACUUAUAUUAGACACUCAAUUAACAUCUAUAGAUGUUUCGGAAACGAACAAUUCUAAUAUCAAUGUAGAAAAUAAUGACUGUCUCACUAGUCAAGAACAAAGUACGUCUGUCAAGACACAAGAAAUUGUACAAAUCGAAAAUAUUUAG